CAUCAUCACGCUGGUGGCUGGACGCAGGAGGAGGAGGAGCCUGCAAAGGUGUGACCUCCAUCGCCCGAGUGGCUUCCGAGUCAUUCAGAGGACCUAGAAGAAGACGACAGCUUCAUUUUGCUUUUGUAAAAGAGUCUAGUAUCUUUUAAAGUUGCACCGACAUCAUGAAUUUGUUGUUUUUCGUCCUUCUGGCCGUGCAAAUGCAGAGCGUGUCUCCCGUGAUUCACUACCUGUCGUAUUUCCAAGAUAUAGAAUCUGAAGAUUCACUCAUCACAAAGUACAAUGAAUGGUGCGAUCUGGAUGCAGAUGUUAUUUGGCAAUAUAACAGCACCAACAGGAACGUCCUACCCCAACAGAACUGGAUGAAGAAGAUCACAGCAGAGGAUCCACAGUACUGGCAGAGAGCGACAGAGACCAGUGUUGCUGUUGAGCAGUUCUGCAGAAACAUGUAUGAACCUCACAUGAAGUAUUACACCAGCCCUGAAGAUACUUACUUCGGUGUGUGGAGUUCUGGAUGCCAAUGGGAUGACGACACUGAUGAGGUCACAGGUUGGUAUUGGGAGAGGUUUGAUGGAGAAGACGUGAGGAAGGCAUGGCUAUGGACCGCAGCAAAAGAACAAGCAGAUCCCCCCAAACUGAUCUGGGAUGAUGGCAGAGCUCCACCAGAAUACUACAAGGACUACAUUGAGAAUUGUCCUUCUGACUUGAAGAAGUACUUGGCGGUCCUAUUGAGAACAGACCUUCCAAAGAUGUCUCUAAACCAGAAGACACCGUCUUCUCCAGUCAGCUGCAACGCAACAGGUUUCUACCCCGACAAAGCCGUCAUGUUUUGGAGGAAAGACGGCAAGAAGCUCCUUGAGGGUGUGGAGCAAACAGAAAUGCUCGACAACCAGGACGGAACCUUCCAGAUGUCGGUGAACCUGAAUGUGAUGGGAGACAUGGAGGGCAAGUACGAAUGUGUGUUUCAGCUGACUGGUGUCAAGGAGGACAUCGUCACCAAGCUGGAGAGCAGAAGCGUUCUGAGCAACUUGAGCAGUGAAGACCUCAAUACAAGCUUAUCUGGUGACACAAACACUGAGAGCCAAGCCACGAUCCGACCUUAUACCACCAGUGGCAGCUUCGAUGUCACCACUGAGAGCAACCAAAACACCACCCGACCUACUACCACCAGUGGCACCUUGGAUGUCACCACUGAGAGCAACCAAAACACCACCCAACCUAGUAGCACCAAUAGCACCUUGGAUGUCACCACUGAGAGCAACCAAAACACCACCCGACCUACUACCACCAGUGGCACCUUGGAUGUCACCACUGAGAGCAACCAAAACACCACCCAACCUAGUACCAAUAGCACCUUGGAUGUCACCACUGAGAGCAACCAAAACACCACCCGACCUAGUACCACCAAUAGCACCUUGGAUGUCACCACUGACAGCAACCAAAACACCACCCGACCUAGUACCACUAGUGGCACCUUGGAUGUCACCACUGAGAGCAACCAAAACACCACCCAACCAACUCCUGAGCUCAACAAGGUGUGCAUCGGCUGUGUUGUUGCCACGGCGGUGAUCCUUACAACGGUGGUCUAUCUGUCGGUCAUCACCAUCAUCAUCGUGAUGGUCAAGCGUUACAGGAAGAGACAUGAUGAGGGACAUAGCUUCUCUGUCUUCUUCUCAGUGCAGCAUCAGUCUCUGCACUUCCUAAGAUUAAUGUGAACCUUCUGCAAGAGCACACGAGAUAAAGUGUUGCGUAUCUAACUUUAACAUGUGUUCUUGUGAUAAAUAUCGGAAUGAGACAUGAUCCAUAUAUGUUAACCUUAUGAUUCGCGACCGGGAAACUCCCGUUAUUGUGUCCUACUUUUCUGACACCUUUCCCCUUUAAUAGUGUUUAAUAGUAAUAGUUUAAGUUUUCCUAUAAUGGAACCUUGGUUUUUUUAAAUCCUCACCGACAGCACAACAGAAUUUCUCCUCAUUUUCAGGUGGCAUCAUGUGUGCACAUUUAUUUUGCUGACUCGUUAAGAAUGAAUCAAAGUCAGGAAAGAAUAGCAGCACUCUGCUUCUUCAUGUUUCUGAGUCUCACCUCAAAGAUCUGAUGGGAGAGAUGAGGAACCUUCUGGUUGUACUUCACCAUAGGUGAGGUGUUUGGUUAGCGCGAGUAACUCGGUAACGGUGCGGUGUUUGUCCGACAGCUCCCGAUCGGGCCGUCCUUAUCUCAAUGAGUACGCUGCCUGAGUGAGACACGGCAGAUGGUGAGUUAACUUACAAAGAUUGUUUGCCCUUCCAAAUGUUCUUCGGACUUUGGGUGAAGAUGAUCUACAACUUGGAUUCACUUUUGUGGGUAGUAUGCUGUCAUCUUCUUCCUACAGGACUGCUUGUGCACUGGAACACUGAGAUGUCUCCAUCAUCAUUUCACUUGGAGAUGAGAUGUACUUUGUUCUUCAUGAUACAUUAGUGUUAUACUCAUGUUUUACCAUGCAAUGUCUCCUUUGGAUGCUUAGAAAACGCGUUAUGAUCAUAUCAUGUUUUUGGUGUUUCCUCUUGAUUUUAAUCUGUAAAUUUGUGCUGAAAUGCAAACUAAGAGUCGUGGUAUCACCACUGUUUAUAUAUGAAUAUCAUGUUGUGUCACAUUUAUUUCAAUAAAUCAAUUUGUUCAUUCUGGCUCUUAAAGGAAGAUCAGUCAGAAAGUUAUGUUAAGAGAAGAACACAUGAAGAGAACAAGAGAAACAAUUAUGUUUUUUACAGCACAAACUGAAAGCCAACUAAGAUUAAAUACCUUAGAUGAAAGCAUAAAGUAUUAUAUUUUGGUAUCACCUUACAUUACUAAUAAUAAGCUCCAUGAUAUGCCAAAUAUAGACUUGUCAAAAUUCAAGUGCAAUGUUCUUGUUCUGUUGGUGGACACUCGUUAAAAGCAGUACCAUUCCAGUGUGACCACAGCAUUGUCAUUUUAUUUUAGUUAAGUCAUUUCAGGGUUUUACCUUUGACCAAUAACCUUUAACAGUUAAUUUUGUUUGACCAGAGUGACAAUUCAAAUGUUAAAAAGUGAGAUGCCUGCAUUACACAAGUGAUAUUAAUCAUGAAAAUUAAGAUUGUUUUUCUUUUUGCAGUGGCAAGCUUUCUUAAGAUUUUUGUAUGAAGAAUGUUAAAAUAACAUUGUUAAUUGUGUCGAUAAUAAAGA